AGGAAAUUAUUUGUAGCUGGUUUGACAGUAAAAUAAUCACGGGGUUUCAGAGCGGAAGUAGGACAGUCAGCUGACAAGAACACAUGAUUCAUUCAGGAACAAGAUACGACUCAUGCUAAAGCUUCAGAAAAUAUCCCACCUAAAAAUCUUAUUAUAAGGAUUAUGGCUGGUCGAGGGAAAUUAAUCGCUGUUAUUGGCGACGAAGAUACAUGUACUGGGUUUCUACUUGGUGGCAUUGGUGAACUUAACAAAAACCGAAAGCCUAAUUUCUUGGUUGUCGAGAAGGACACCAGUAUCACUGAGAUAGAGGAAACGUUCAAGAGUUUCCUUGCUCGGAAUGACAUUGGAAUUAUUCUCAUCAAUCAAUUUGUUGCGGAGAUGAUUCGUCACGCCAUAGAUGGCCACAUGGAAUCCAUCCCGGCUGUUCUGGAGAUACCUUCUAAAGAGCAUCCUUAUGAUGCUUCCAAGGAUUCCAUCCUGCGCCGAGCCAAGGGAAUGUUCUCUGCUGAGGACUUCCGAUAAAUCUGAAUAUGGCAUGGACAGAAGCAGAAAGAAGAGAGCCAGAGUAUAUGCGCUUGCUAUAGUGAAGUGUAUCAUAAGUGUCACUUACUGUUAGUACCAGUGUAUUUUAUUGUUUUCUUCUCUUAUGAUUUGUCACAACGUUGCUCUAUCCAAGAAGAAAGUCACGUUUAUUGUAAUUUUAUGAAUCCAUUGUUUCCCCAUACAUAUGACACUGAUAAGAAGACAGGCCUGUUUACUUUAGUGCACCAUCAUUUGUGGUACUUGGAGAUUGUCAUUUUUUUUGUCUCCAGAAUGCUGUUGGUUGUGUUGCUGUGGCAUAGUGAACCCUCUUGUUUUCAUCCAUGUCUUAUCAAUAUUGUUGUUUUGUGUGUGCAGUGAAUUUAAUUUGUCCUGUGCGGUGAGUUUAAUUCAUGUAUAAAACCAUAUGUUCCCAUGUAUCUUUGUUUUUGUUUGUUUAUUUUUAUGUUUGUCUUUUAAUUUAUACUGAUGUGAAAACACAAAGGACCUAUUUCAGAAUUCAGUCUAGGGUCCAUUAUUGCUCUUGUAAACAUUUGACAUCUCCAUUGACUCAUCGCCUCCACUACCAUACUUGGUUGGGUUAAUCAUCAGUCAAGUGAGAGUCUGUCUGCUGACUGGAGCAUGCAACAUCUUGUAACAUCAGACCCAGGUUGAACUUCUAUUAUUAUCUUAUUGUUUUCAUUCCAUAAAACUUAUUUUCACAGGAAAAUGAAUUGAGUUGUAAUUUGUUAAAUUGUUAUUCAGUUAUUAGGAGGCACAAGACACAUGAAGACACAUAUUAGAUUGGUGUUUUAUUUUUUGGAUGAGUAGCCUAGGCUAUAAUAAAAUGGCCGACUGGUUUGUUAUGCUGAUGUUAGACAUGUUAAAUUAUUGUACCGUCAAAUAUAUCCAAAAAUAGUUGUUGAUUAAAAUCUAUGACUAUGCCCUUU